AUGCUCGCCUUUCUAUAUUUCGUCCAAAUGAUUAUUAAUCUGCCAAAAAUGCUGGUCAUCAGUUGGAAUAACAUGGUAAACUACUUUUUUCAGGACUACCGUAUAAUUUAGCGAUUUUUUUUGCAGACAACACUCCCCAAACACCCAUACACUUUGAAAAUGGAUAAAAUUUCCGAGAAGUUACCAGAAUUGUGGCAAAAUUCGGAAAAUGUGCUACAAAGAAGUUUGCUGAUGAAUUUUUCGAUUUGUGAAGAGCAAUUCGAGAUGAAUGACGUGUAUUUCACCUGGAAAUUAUAUAAUGAAUCCGAAAUUUUGGAGCGGAGAAGUGGAACGAAUUGUAGUCAGGCAUUUAGAAUUGAAUCACAGGUACUGAACUUUAUUUCUGAAAUUCACAAACAACCACGUGUUGUCGUAAGAUCCUGCACAUUGUGUGGUGCUUGCGGACAAUGCACACUGUCUUACGUCACUUGAAAAACCUUAAAUUUUUUCAGCACACCCACAAAAUCGUCGUAAAAAUUUCGCGAAGAAACAGCGACGAGGCUCCGGAAGUGAUUUCAAAAGUAAUUCCGAAAUCUUCAAAGAUCUUCUGGCUCGCCUCAAUUGGCGACUCAUUUUCUUCGGGUCAAGGCAAUCCGGACGUGCCGGUCACCGACGGAAAACCUGCAAAAUGGUUGAAUGGUACGGUAGCCUACAGUAAACUUUUCAACAACAAAAAACAAAAAUGGUUUCAGAAUCCUGCUACCGCUCCUCGAAAGCGUUUCCAUAUCAAGUGUCCAAAAAACUUGCAAACUCUACAGUUUUAUCGUUUUUCUCGUGCUCCGGCGCUACUGUAGACAAUGGAAUAUUGUCGAAAAACGGGCAGUUGGAGGCAUUGGAAAAAAUGAUUAAAACUCGAGGAGAUGCUCCAAACGCUCUUUUGCUGACCGUCGGCGGGAAUGACAUUGGAUUCACCGAUAUCAUUUCUCUAAUGCAACGUGGCAGUUCAUUGGAAUCUUCGUUUGAUAUGAGGUAGUUACAAAAUUCGUUUUUUUUUCCUAAUAGUUUUCAAGAAUUCAGAUUCUUCUACGUUUCCCAUCAAAUCGAUCGGGUUGCUUCGAAAAUCAAAGAGCUCAAUAUUACACGUGUAAUAUUGUUGGAUUAUUAUGACGUCACCAGAAAUGAGAAAGGAGUCGUCGAUGCUUCCUGUGGAGCUUUGGGACAAGUACGCUCCUUUUUCAAGUUCAAUUUUCGAAUUAAACUAUUUUAAAGGUAUCCUUAGCAAACCUCCAACUUGCACAGAGGAAACUGCUUCAACGGCUCAAUAAACUGUUACUCAAAAAAGCCACGCAACAUGGCUGGAUUACUGUAGAUUCUUCUGAAAUAUUCCGAACACACGGAAUAUGUUCGACGAGCCCUUUGAUACGGUAAGCAGCACUAAAUUCAUGAGAGCAGCGCCCUAAAUGCGUAGUUUGUAGUCUAAGCAGGCUUUAAUUCUCGAGAGCAGCGCCCAAAAAGAGUAGUUCGUAGUCUAAGAAGCUCUAAAACUCACGAGAGCAGCGCCGAAGAAUUGUAGCUUGUAGUCUUAGCAGCACUAAAUUAAUGAGAGCAACUCCCAAGAAGUGUAGUUUGUAGUCUAAGCAGCCCAAAAUUGAACUUUCCAGGUCGCCAAAUGAAUCUCUGGCCAUCCAGGGAAACGAGUACGGUAGUUUUCAUCCGAACGAAGAAGCACAUCGACGGAUAUCAGAGGCAGUUUUAAAAAAAUUGAAAAACUUUUUAUGAAAGAGAAUAUGUUCGAUAUUGUCCAACAUUUCGAUCUCACUCUUCCCCAUUCGAUCUUGUCCUUUUUCGGCCGCCUAAAUAAAACGCACCAUUAAUUACCCGACAUUAUUUCUGAUUUUUGAAUCUUUACAACCGAAAAGUGUUCCGGAUGUGUCUGCCAAAUACACAGGUUUCUAUAGAAGACCAGAGAUCCGAAAAAAAAGUGAAAAUAUUGCGUAGCGCUAUAUAAUUAUUGUGUGAUGCAAGCACGGAUGUGUUUUGGAUUGCACUGACUUUGAGAAAGAAAAGAGAAAGAAAAACUUGAAACCGUUCAAAAUCAAAAAAGAAAAUGGUGGGGAACCAAUCAAUCUUUGUUCUUUUCUUGCAUUCUGAAACGGCGGAACGAACGGUAGAACGAAAAAUUGCAUUAUUGAAUGGAAUUUCCGAUUCAACUUGAUCCGGCUUCUCAAGGACUUCUCUCUUAUAAUUGUUGCAAUAUGCAUGUGGGGAGAAGAAUAGAAGAGAUUUGUUUAUUAGAUAGAAUGCAAAAAAGUGGGCGGGGCGUAAAUUUUUCGGGUAGAUAUAAUAUAGAACGCUCUUCUUUCGCUGCCUGUCUUCCUUCUCAAUUGGUGUGACAGAAGCGUUGCAAGUUAUUAGCACUUUUUCCAAAAAAGUAAAGCAUAUUUGUAUCCAUCUAUUAUAUAAACUAUGACCAGAGCUACAGUAAUCUCUUUAUUAUCAACCACACUAUUCCUAUUCUCAUCGAUAUUCGCAAAAGUUAUUAUUGUCGAUCCGAAUAAUAACACAGAAGGUAAGGUUGUUUUAUAAUGAAAUGAAGUCAAGUACUCGGUCAAAUGGACACUUCACAUUGAGUGGGCGUUUUGUUUUGAAAUUUUUUGAUUUUUUGGUCUUAUAUUCAAAACUUAAGGGAAUAUAAAUAAAACUUGCAACGAUGGUUUUUUGAUUUUGAACACAAUAUUUAUGCCGCCUCAAAACGAGUCAAAAGUGUUCGGAAACCAAUUUUUUACAGAAUUGAAGUGUCUCGACGGAAAAUUGCCACUUCUCGACGAGAAUCGCUCACUUUUUCCGUGCCAACGCGGCUGUCCGCACACGUUCUUUUGCGAAAAUCAGGUUUUUCGAUGGAAUUAUCCAGAAAAUUGGAAGAUUUUGACCUUUUUCAGUCCUCCACAUCACUUUGUUGCCCCAACAUUACUGCGAUCGUCGACGCGCAAUUGGCCGGCGGCGAGGAGGUAAGCGCACUCUUGUCUAUGCUCUCGGCCACCUCCCUUUCGUAGUCCCAUGUGGUCUAGUGGUUAGGAUUCGUGGUUUUCACCCACGCGGCCCGGGUUCGAUUCCCGGCAUGGGAAGUUUCUUUUUUGCUUUUUUGCUCUUGCAUUUUUUGGGUUCUUAUCGAUUUUACUCUUCAGAUAGACCUUCUUCGCAACAAAAAGGCCACUGCGUUCCAGUUAGAGAGUUCGCAAGAGCUGGAAAAGUCAAUGUCAUGCGAACGAUAUCCGUAUAAGUGAGAUUUGACAAAAAACUUCAAAAAAGAAACAGUUCAAAACGUGAUUUUCAGAUCAAUUUGCAACAAUAAUAGUACCGAAAACUCGUCACAGCCCCAAGCUAAGUGGUAUUUUGACCUGCAAACUUUAUCUUGUGAAUUGUACCCGUUGGGAAUGUGCGAAGACGACCCGCUCGAAAAUUUGGCACUUCGGACCAGGGAUGAGUGCGAAGAACGGUGUGACGUGGCAAAAGUGAAAAUUGCGUUGGAGAAGUUGUCCGACGGAAAUUCCAUUGAGCCCACACUUUACCAUUUCAGCCGAUUUCCAGUGCGGCCAGUUCAGAACGGUAAGUGGAGUGUCUAAAAUUGAUUGAUGUGUGGGGGCUUCUCGAACUUUUAAAGGGCUUUUGUAUGUAUUUUUAUGAAAGUGUCCAGAUGAUUUCCGUCAUUUUAAGCCAAAGCUGGGGUCUGUAGCAGAUUUUUGAAAAAAGUUAUGAUUUUUCAAAGUUUAUCGACACUUUUACAGCUCAAAUCGCCCAAAUCGCGAUCGACGACGUCGUCCAAGAGUCCAAACACAUUCGUGGCCGCCCGUUCGCCGUCGAACCGCCCACAGACCUUUUCCACGUGAUCCACGUUCCGUCCGACGCCCACGUACUCAGAAAUUCCCGAAAAAAUCGCAUGGAGAAUCAAGUGGAAAUUGACGAAAAUCAACUGCUGACGACGGAUUCGUCAGACGAGAAAAUUCCGGAGAAUCUCGCAGAAUCGCAGAAAUUCUCGACAGUCACCAGCGACAUUUUGCACGUUUUGGAAGACGCCAACGACGCUCCGGAAGCUGCAGAACACUCGGAAGGCUCUGGAUUUCUGGAGAAAGACGAAGGAUCCAUUACUCUGACAGUUUCGACAGAACCGGCCACGUCACCGGAAAUUCCAACCGAAAUCUUAGAAGACGAGCUAUUGUCGAGUUCUGAAAGUGUGACUGAAAAACGAGAGGACCGGACAACAAGCCUGAAAUCGAUGGAGAACAGUUUUGAGCGAUUUUAUCAGAGGAAUAAAGGUCUGUUGGCUUUUUUCUUCAAACAUUUUUCUAUUUAAUGCAUUUUAUUGAAUUUCAGAAGCGGUAGUGUGUGCUCAAACCGCUUAUCGACUAGUUUGCCCCAGUGGAAAUCCGUCCCAAUUUGUGUACAGAUGGGAAAAAGUGGAUGGAGUCUGUCAAUCAUUCCCCUAUGGAUAUUGUUUGGUUAGUUUUGAGACAAAUGCUUUUUCACUUUCCUGGCAAGAGUUUCAGCACGAAAAAAACAGUGCACAUCCGAGGACACGAGCCGAAUGUGAACAGUUUUGCUAG